ACUUCUUCUUCUCCUUCUCCUCCAACUUCUCUCUUCAUCCUCCAUUUCCAAUAUCCAACUUCAAUCUUUCAAACUCAAUUGUGUUCCAUUUUUUAGCUAUCUGAUUUUUCAUAUCAGAGGUUGUCAUUUUUGCAACGGUUUUCUGAGAGAAAGAUAAUACAAGUCAUGAUGAAACUCCCACACUUUUUAUCAAAGAAAGCCACGUGUAGUUCCCACGGACAAGAUUCUUCAUAUUUCCUUGGAUGGCAAGAAUAUGAAAAGAACCCAUAUCAUGAAACUAAGAAUCCAUCCGGAAUUAUCCAAAUGGGUCUUGCAGAGAACCAGUUGUCUUUCGACCUUCUUGAAUCAUGGUUAGAGAAGAAUCCAGAUGCAUCAUCACUUAAGAGAAAUGGUGAAUCCAUUUUCAGAGAAUUAGCUCUGUUUCAAGAUUACAAUGGAUUACCAGCUUUUAAAAAUGCAAUGGUGGAUUUCUUAGCUGAAAUUCGAGGAAACAAAGUACACUUCGAUACGAGAAACUUAGUUCUUACAGCUGGUGCAACUUCAGCUAACGAAACUCUUAUGUUCUGUCUUGCGAAUCCCGGCGAAGCUUUUCUUCUUCCAACUCCAUAUUAUCCAGGAUUCGAUAGAGAUCUCAAGUGGAGAACCGGAGUAGAAAUUGUUCCUAUUCACUGUUCCAGCCAUGACGGAUUCGAAAUUACUGAAUCAGCACUUAAAGAAGCUUACACCACAGCACAGAAACGUAACUUGAAAGUUAAAGGAGUGUUGAUUACAAACCCAUCAAACCCUUUGGGAAAAACCAUCAGCAGAGCUGAAUUAAACCGUCUUGUUACGUUUGUUGAAGCAAAGGAAAUCCAUCUAGUUAGUGAUGAAAUUUAUUCCGGCACAGUUUUUGAAUCAGAAGAUUUUACAAGUGUUUACGAGGUUUUGAUCGAAAGAAACCUUCAAAACAGCAGUGUCUGGGGAAGAACUCACAUCGUUUACAGUCUUUCAAAAGACUUGGGAUUACCCGGGUUUCGAGUUGGUGCGAUUUACUCCAACGAUGAAAUCGUCGUUUCAACCGCAACAAAAAUGUCGAGUUUCGGACUGAUUUCUUCUCAGACUCAGUAUCUUUUAUCGGAAAUGUUAUCCGACAAGAAGUUUACGAGCCAGUACUUGACAGAAAAUCAGAAGAGACUUAAGAACAGACAUGGUUUACUCGUGGAGGGACUUCAAAAUGCCGGUAUCGAUUGUUUGAAAAGCAAUGCUGGAUUAUUUUGCUGGGUCGAUAUGAGGCAUCUACUGAGUUCUAAAACAUUUGAAGGCGAAAUGGAACUCUGGAAGAAAAUUAUGUAUCAAGUUGGUCUUAACAUUUCUCCUGGAGCUUCUUGUCAUUGCAGCGAACCAGGUUGGUUCAGAUUAUGUUUCGCCAAUAUGUCCGAGGACACUUUGCACCUUGCGAUGGAUCGUCUCAAGAGUUUCGUCGAAUCGAUGAAUAACGAUAAACGUCCAGUACGUAGUUCGCGAAGGAGGAGUUUAACCAGAUGGGUAAGCAAAUUGUCAUCUUCUUACAAAACCGAAUCUGAACGUUAGAUCAUCGAUCAUUCUGGGUACGGAAAUCUCACCGAUUAAUCAACAUCGUCGUCGUCAACAUCAACAUAUUGGUACAUUUAUAUAUAUAAAAAAAUUAUAUAUAUGGAUCAAUCAGUGUAUGAAUAUGGUCAAUUAGUCAUAUCUACCUGAUUUGAAUCCUUUUAGUAUUUCAUUUUUUUUUCAUUUAAAACUUUUUAAUUCCUUUUUUAGCUCUAUUUUUACUGUAAAAAGUGCCCUCAAUCCCUGUUUAUUAAUUGAGGAUUUGAAGUGGCAAAAGGUUUUACUUGUAAAAGCUGAGUUUCUACCUCAACAUUACUCCCUAUAGGAAUUUUAAUUUUACUAUAUAUUGAUGAAUUAAAUCAAUUAAUAUUUAUUAUAUAUUUCAAUAAAAUUGAUCACUCUCAUU